AUGGGGUCUUAUCUUGGAAUCCCUGAAGAUAUUAGUGGAUCCAAAUGCAAACUAUUUGCAUAUAUCAAAGAUAGGCUACAAAAUCGCGUUAAUGGGUGGAACUCCAAAUGGUUAUCCAAAGGAGGCAAAGAAGUUUUAAUCAAAUCAGUGGCAGUGGCACUUCCUACCUACAUGAUGUCUAGCUUUCUUCUCCCUUUGGAGAUAUGUGAACAACUCACACAAGCCAUUGCUCGAUUCUGGUGGAGUUCUGAUCCAGAGAAAAGAGGAAUUCACUGGACAAAAUGGGAAAAGAUGUGCAGGCCUAAGGAAGAGGGUGGAGUAGGAUUCAGAGCCAUCCACGAGUUCAAUUUAGCUCUUCUGGCUAAACAACUAUGGAGACUCUUAAUGUUCCCAGAUUCCCUCUUAGCAAGAAUCAUGCGUGGAAAAUACUACAGCUAUAGCUCCCCUUUACGAGCAGGCCAUGUCGAGUCCCCAUCUUAUGGAUGGCAAAGCAUCAGAGCAGCAAAACCUUUGUUAAUGCUGGGAAUUGUACAAAAGAUCCACUCCGGUCUUAACACGAGAGCAUGGGAAGAUCCAUGGAUCCCAACCUCGCCGGCCAGACCAGCAAAUGCAAGGACCCCAGUGGCACACCCCAGAAUGACAGUGAGUGACUUCAUCAACAGAGACACAAAAGAAUGGAACCUGAGAAUGCUAGAAGAAUAUAUGAGCCCAGAAGAGAUUCCGCUUAUCCAAAGCCUGGCCAUUAGUAAGAACUUCCACAUGGAUAGUUAUAGUUGGAGCUACACUAAACAUGGACUAUACACAGUAAAAUCAGGUUAUUGGGUCGCAAGGAACCUCCUCAACCCAGUUGAGGGGUCAUACUCGGAGCCUAGCAUCCGACCUCUACAAGCUCAUGCUUGGAGGAUGAAAGCUCCACAGAAGAUUAGACAUCUAGUAUGGCAAAUUAUCUCGGGCUACCUAGCUGUCACGAAAAACCUUAUCCACCGAGGGAUGAGAUGCGAUAAUAAUUGUCCUAGAUGUGGAGCUCCAGAGGAAACCAUAAACCAUGCUAUCUUUGAAUGUCCACCAGCUCUACAAACUUGGGCCCUUGCCACUACUGCCACGCCGCCAACCUUAUUUCCGUCGCCGGACAUCUACACGAACAUGGACUACCUCUUUUGGAGAAGACCUGACAGUGAGAGGGAGGACGAGGACAAUGACCCUUUUCCAUGGAUCAUUUGGUUCAUCUGGAAGGCGCGGAAUGAAAAACUUUUCCAAGACUUAUCCCGGGACCCCUUAGGGACGGUUCGACAUGCAGAAGCAGAAUGUAAAGCUUGGUAUGAAGCAAAUAACAAAAUUCCUCCAUCCUUAGUGGGACAGAACCAAGCCAUAAGCUUGCGAGAUAUAUGUUUGGUUGAUGGCUCAUGGCAUCAAAAUCACAUAUUUAGCGGAGGCGGAUGGAUAUGGAUGAAUCAGAAUGGGACCCAACAAAUGCUCGGCCUUCAUAACCAGCCACGACGUCUCUCGCCUUUACACGCAGAACUAGAAGUGCUAUUAUGGGCCAUGCAAUGCGUUCUCCAACGUUCUACCUCUCAAAUGUUUGGAACUGACUGUCAAGAUGUGCUCAAGAUGAUAGAAAAGUCACACGAAUGGCCAAAGUUCUCUACAGAGUUGCUAGAGUUUAAGCGUCUGAGGAGCUCAUUUUCGUCCUUCUCUCUUGUUUUUGUGCCUCGGGCUCUUGUUAGUAAAGCUGAUCACUUAGCUAGACUUGCUAGAAUCUAUGCUAGGCCCCUUUCCUUUGUUGGUUUUUCUAUUCCGGAGUGGUUAAACACUCCAACUCUAGUUUGA